AUGACGUCCUCUUGGGCACAAGCGGGUCCCUCGACGCUGGCCGCACCGACGAGCUCUGUACCAUUCCCCAGGCGACAACUGCGUCGUCGUACUGAGCGGCCGACGCCAUUUAUCCUGUCCGACAUUGGGCCCUACACUCAGCUUCACCGUUACUACACCGACCCCGAGCCACUCGCGCACCGGACCGCCUUCGAACUCGGGACGACCGAUUUAUUCGACUUGGUCGACGGCGCGAAUGUCGUGGUGCCACGCGCAGCGACGGUGACACGGCCGAGCUCGCCAGCGCCGACGGCCGACUUCAGUAUAAUUAGCCCUCCGAGCCCGGGCUUCGACGAGUUCCAGUUUGACUGUCAGUACGCAGGGAGUAGGCGCCAUACGCGCUUCCACACCAUCCACGGCCUGCCAUCCUCUCGCUCCGGGAACAAGGGCACGUUGUCGAAGCUGUGGGACGUGCUCGCGUCACCUUCGCGAAAUAAGAAGUCCUCCACCUCCGGCAGGGCAAAUUCCGAGUUUGUGUUCGACCCGCACAUGAGCUACGCCGAUCUGCCGCCUCUGGACGGCGAAGAGGGCGAACUCAUCGACGACGAGGCGUGCGAUAUGGGCUCCGACGGCGCUGGCUUACAGACCGGCAUGGAUAUUCUCACAAGGCUACCUUGUGAAUUGGGCGUGCUGAUUCUACGGCAUCUCGACCUGGCGUCUAUAUUGACGUGCAUGCGCGUAUCCAGCACCUGGCGCAACCUCGCGAAUGACAACGCCGUCUGGCGCGAUCUCUUCUUCCGUCGCGAGGGGUGGCGCAUUGAUCUAUCUCGGGCACUUGCUCGGGGCUGGAAGUUUCCCGACUUGCAGCUUUCGGAUACAAGAAUGGACUACUUCUCUUUCCAGCUCCCGCGCUCGCGAUUGAGUCUGCCGCUUCUGCAGACACAGAACCUGCCGUCGGGUUCGGCCGGCCCUUCGCCCUACGCAACACCAUUAUUCAUGACUCCCGCGCCGCCUACGCCUAUAGUGUUGUCCCCUUCGCCCUUCUCACCCGAGCGUCCACUCUCUGCUGCGUCGGCUACACCGCCCACGACCGCGGCACCCCUGACCCUUCCUUGGCGAACCCUAUACCGCACUCGGCUGACUCUGGACGAGCGCUGGUCCACAGAUUCCUUCGCGCCUACCAAGCUCCGCAUCGCAGGACACGCCAACUCUGUUUAUUGUGCGGCAUUUGACUCGGCUCGCAUCGUCACUGGGGCACGAGACCAUACCGUUCGCGUCUGGAGGGUCGGAGAUGGAGAGCCUCUCGCAGUCCUGAGAGGACAUGUGGGGAGCGUGCUUUGUUUGAAAUUCGAAGAGGAUUGGGAUCUUCAUCAGGACGAGGGGAUCUUAAUUACCGGCAGCAGCGACCGCACUGUACGCGUCUGGGCCCUUCGCGUCGCGGACCGCGAGUCUGGGAAGGUGGAAGGAUAUGAACGUGCAGUCCUCACGGGCCACGAUGGCGGCGUUCUAGACAUCCGCUUCGACGAGCGCUGGAUCGCCAGCUCGUCGAAAGAUAACACCAUUCGAAUCUGGGAUCGACGCACGUUCAAACUGCAUCGCGUAUUGCAAGCGCACGAUGGUCCCGUGAACUCAAUUGCGAUGCAGAAUGGAAAGCUGGUCAGCGCCAGUGGAGAUGGCCGGAUAAUUUUCUGGGAUAUGGAGAAGGGCGAGUGUUUGAGGGUGUUGGAUCACACCCGUGGACACGCGUGCGUCGACUUCAAGGGCGACCUCAUCGUCUCCGGCUCGAACGACAGCAAGAUCAAAGUCUGGUCUGCUUCAACGGGCGCGUGCCUCAGCACGCUCACGGGCCACACCGAUCUUGUACGCGCGCUCGCGUUCGACCCAGAGGCAGGAAAGCUCGUCAGUGCGAGCUACGAUAUGAGCGUGCGCGUGUGGGAUUUGAGGAGCGGGAAGUGUGUGAGGGAGUUCUUGAGGCAUCAAGGGAGCCAUAUCCUUGACGUCAAGUUCGACUGCUGCAAGAUUGUCAGCGUUUCAUACGAUAAGACGAUCCUCGUCACGGACUUCUCGGAGGGGCUGGAUACCAUGUUGUUUGCUUGA